UAUGGCGGCACUUUUUGAUGCCUCCACUCCAGCUACUCCAUAUUUUUCUUCAACAUCUUCCUCUUCUUCAUCCCCUUCCUCUUCUUCUUCCUCCUCCUCUCAUUUUUCCCCUUCAAAUAAACAACAAUUAGAACAAAUAAAUAAUCGAAGUAAUUCCCCCAAUUCUGAUCAUUACGAUACUCCUUGGGAAUUUAAAAAUCGGACAUUAGCAGCAAUUUUAGAAAAUCAACGACAGGAACAACAACAACAAUUAAAACAUUUAGAAAAACAAAUACAAAUUAAAAAUCCAAAAAAUAAUGAAGUAAAUAUUCCAAAUUCCAACAACAACAAUCAAAGAAUUUUAAAUAAUGGAAAUGAAAGAUCUGAGGGUGAAGCAACAGUAGAACAUGGAAACCGUUUGAGUUUUCCAGCUAAUUUCUCCAAAAUGGAAGAAUUAAAAACGAAAAAUUUCUCCAACCAACCAAUUCAACAACAACUAAUUUUAGAGGAUAAUAUUAAAACAAGAAAGGGAAAAAUGAAAAAUGACGGGCAAUUAAAUUCCAAUCUUCAACCAAAUAAAAAUCUGGAAUUAAAAAUUAAAAACAACAAAGAAUCUCCUUCCCCUCCACCUUUACCUGCUCACAAAAAUAAUUUAAAACAACUACAAAACAAUAACAAUAUUAACUUACCUUCUAAAUCUCCUUCAAAACCACCAUUAUCCCCUUUAAAAUCAAACUUUUUUCUUCAUUCACCAAAUAAUUUAAAUAAUCAAAAUUUGAUAAAAAUUGGAGAUAAACAACAACAAAAACUAAUAAACGAAAGAAUUAAAAGUUUAAAGUUGGUCCUCACAUUUUGUCAAGAAAAUUCAUUUGGUGAAAAAGAAAAGUUAAACAACAAUUUAAUACACGAAAAUAUGGAAAGGGCAGAGGCUGAAUUAUUACUUGGUGCCAUGCCUUUAGGUUCUCAUUUACUUAGAAGAAGACCGGACAGAAGUUUAGCAUUAUCACUUAAAGCAAAUGAAGGUGUAUUGCACAUCAAAUUAGAAUAUCGCUGCGACCGUUGGGUACUUGGAGAAGGACCUCGUUUUAAUUCAGUUGUUGAAAUGUUGAAGGCCUAUCGUCGUGUUGAAUUGCCAGUUAGAGGUGCUGAGCAAAUUCGUCUUACAAUUCUUUUCCGACCGGGGGAUAUGCCAGGAAGGGGGUUAUUAUUGCUCUAA